AUGGCCCAGGCCGGUAGACAGACGAGUCUGUACAACAGGCUUGUCAUUGCUUUUGUCGCCCUCGGUUCAACUACGUACGGAUAUGGAUCCUCUAUCAUCGGUAGUACCAUCGGGCAGGCUGGUUGGUACUCCUAUUUCGACCUGCCCACCGAUGGCACGCCCGGCUACGCGACCGUGACGACGCCUGUCAUUGCCACGGCCAACGGACUGUUCUCUGCCGGUGCUGCCGUCGCUUGUCUGAUUCUCAUGUGGUCCUGCGACUACCUCGGACGUGUUCGCAACAUGCAGAUCGGCUGCCUUCUCGGUAUUCUCGGUGGUGCUCUUCAGGCUGGCGCCCAGAGCCUCGCCAUGUUCCAGGCCGGUCGGUGGAUCAUGGGUAUGUGCGUCGGCUUCAUGGUGACCGUCACGCCCAUGUACCUCUCAGAGAUGUCCAGCCCUCUCAGCCGUGGAUGGUUGGUGGGCCACCACCCCAUCUUCCUCGUCUUCGGCUACAUGCUGUCGUCGUGGAUCGGUUUCGCCGUCUACUUCUCGCCCGACCUCGAGUUUGGCUGGCGCUUCCCUCUCGCCUUCCAGGUCCUGCCCCCGAUGGUCCUCCUCAUCGGUUCGCCCUGGGUGCCCCGCUCUCCCCGCUGGCUCCUGUCCAAGGGCCGCAAGGACGAGGCCUGGAAUGUGCUCGUCCGUCUCCGCCAGUCGGACGAGGACCCCGAGAACAUCGUCGCCAAGGAGGAGUUCUACCAGAUCGUGAAGCAGAUCCAGCUCGACGCCAAGAAGCUCGAGGCCCACGGUGGAAGCAUCUGGAAGGCCAUCAUGCAGAAGAAGUCGUACCGCAGGCGCAUGGUUAUCGGUUUCCUGACGCAGUGGGGUGCCGAGUUCGGUGGUCCCCUCAUCAUUAACAACUAUGCCGUCAUCCUGUACACCAGCCUUGGUCAGACGGGUUACAUGCCCCUCCUCCUUUCGGCCGUCUGGCUCACGACGGCCGGCCUCAUAUACAACCCCAUGGGCGCCUGGCUGCACGACAAGGUCAACUCGCGCCGUGGCAUGUACAUGGUUGGUUUCGCCGGCAUCGUCGUCACCACGUCGGUCAUGUCGGCCAUGAUUGCGCGCUACGCGGGGACCGACAACACGGCCGGCAACGCCAUCGGCGUCCUCUUCAUGUUCCUGUACCUCGCCUUCCAGGGAACCUGCUGCGACACCACCAUGUACCUUUACGUGUCCGAGAUCUUCCCCACCGAGAUCCGCUCCAUCGGCAUGGGCUUCUCGCUCUUCGGCCAGUUCACUGCCACCAUCAUCCUCCUGCAGACGGCCCCCAUCGGCUUCGCCGCCGUCGGCUGGAGGUACUUCCUCGUCGUCAUCUGCUGGAGUGUCUUCUUCCUGCCCGUCAUCUACUUCUUCUGGCCUGAGACGGCUAGGCUCUCCCUCGAGGAGAUUGGCAAGCAGUUCGGCGACGAGGUCGCCGUCCACGUCACCGACGCCACGGAUGAGGAGAGGGCCGAGCUGGACCGCAAGAUCGCGGCCGGCGACGACAUCACCCCGACCGAGUCGGCUGCCCCCACCUCUCCUCCCAGUGAGAAGGGCGACGGCGAUGUCAAGCGGUAA